CAUUACAGUGAAUUUCGGAACGCACCUACAAGAAACAGACCAAAGGAUAGAAUGAUACUCGCGGCGGCGCAAUCACCAAGUGGAAUUUACUUCUUGAUGUAUACAGUUGCGUUUGUAACCAACGCGAUUUGCAAGGGUACGAAGGAAUGUAGCGUUAACAGUGACAGGAGAUGCGAAGGGAUAUACGCGUUACGCUCUUAACCUACCGGCAUCAGCGCGAUGGAGAAUACGAGCGACAAAUUUUUCUAUGUGUACAGUUCCUCGUUAGACGCCAGGAUACAGAUUAAGAUAGGCACCUUAGAGGGCAAGAGGCAGAGGCCAGAGUACGACAAACUGCUGCUCGAUCCUUUACUCAAGUAUUCUGGUUUGUAUGGAGCUGGUGGGAUUCGUGGGGACUUGGCUGCAUCUCUUCAAGUGUGGACUGGUGGCAGGCCACUGGCCUUGCCUGUGCACACAGCUUACAAGCAUUUUACUUCUCGUUGGAACUGGAACCAGUGGGUCACACUACCGAUCUCAUAUGCAGAUUUGCCACGUGACGCACAGCUGUGUAUAACACUGUACGACUGUGCUGGACCUGGCAGGCAGCUUCCAGUGGGCGGCACGACUAUCCCGCUGUUCGGGAAGCAUGGCGUAUUUCGACAGGGCAUGCUAGAUCUUAGAGUAUGGCCUGGAGUAGAGGCGGACGGUGGUGUCCCAACUAGCACACCAGGCAAAGCAAGGGAUCAUGGAAAAGAGCAGAUGCAGAGACUCGCGAAGCUCGCUAAGAAACACAGAAACGGACAGAUGAACAAAGUUGACUGGCUGGACAGAUUAACGUUUAGAGAAAUCGAAUUGAUUAAUGAGAAGGAGAAGAGAGCAUCAGAUUAUUUGUACUUGAUGGUAGAAUUCCCGGAAGUCACGAUGGACGGUGUACCGUACUCGAUCGUAUACUAUGAAAAAGACGGGGACGAGGUCUUUCAGCACAGACUACAGCCGGACGUUGUAACGCUACCAGACUAUGAAAUUUUACAAGAAAAUCUCGUGGAAGCGAAACAUCACAAACUGGCCCGUAGCCUACGUAGCGGCGGUAACACCCGUGAAUUAAAACCCACUUCGACUGUGCGUGACGCGUUGAAUACGAUAUUGGGCUAUCCGCCGACAACCGCGCUCUCCACCGAGGAACAAGACUUGAUCUGGAAGUACAGAUUUUACUUAUCCAGUCAGAAGAAAGCAUUAACUAAAUUCGUAAAGUGCGUUAACUGGCGACUCGCGGGUGAGGUCCGUCAGGCCCUAGACAUGCUGGUGUUGUGGGCACCGCCGGAUCCCGAGGACGCAUUGGAGCUGCUAGGACCCGCAUUCACUCAUCCAGAUAUCAGAAGAUACGCAAUUAGUAGACUCAAUCAAGCUCCUGAUGACGAUCUGAUGUUGUAUCUGUUGCAAUUAGUACAAGCAUUAAAGUAUGAGGACUUUGAGAGCAUCAAGACUGCUUAUCAGGUAAUGAUGAAGGAGAAAGAGGAUAAAGUGGAGAGAAACGAGCGGUCGGAAAAAAACGAGAAACUGGACAGGGACAUAAGGAGUUGCGAUUCAACGUCCACGCCGAUUACAACUUCUAGCGAAUCCAGCCAGUUAUCGGCAAACCAGGAACCGCUCAUGGAUCUGGCAUCGUUCUUGAUUACGCGCGCCUGUCAGAACUCCAUGCUGGCUAAUUACUUCUACUGGUAUCUCUCCAUCGAAUGCGAGGACCAAACUGAUCCCACGAUCAGCGCUAAGCAAGACAUGCGAGUUCGGGAGAUGUAUGUCACCGUAAUGAAAAUGUUUUCUAUGAUGUUAGCGCAGGGGAAUAUCAUCUGGCAAAAGAGACGAGCGUUUCUGCUGCGACAGAAAGUAUUCAUCGACCAACUAGUGUCCCUGGUUAAGGCGGUGGCGCGAGAGAGUGGGAAUCGUAAGAAAAAGACUGACAGAUUGCGGGCGUUAUUGGCAGAUCCGGAUCCGGCAUUCAAGAUUAACUUCUCGAAUUUCGAGCCGAUUCCGUUCCCUUUGGAUCCCGAGAUUUGUAUCAAAGGAAUUAUUCCAGAAAAGGCGAGUCUCUUUAAGUCUGCACUCAUGCCGUCGAAACUUACAUUCUUAACGACAGACAACAGCGAAUAUAUCGCUAUAUUUAAACACGGAGACGAUUUACGACAAGAUCAAUUAAUUCUACAAACAAUAGCGCUUAUGGAUAAAUUGUUAAGGAGAGAAAAUUUAGACUUAAAAUUGACUCCAUAUAGGGUACUCGCGACAAGCACUAGACAUGGUUUCUUACAAUUUAUUGAAUCCACAACGGUUGCGGAGGUCCUGGCUAGCGAAGGAUCGAUAUUGAGCUUCUUCCGAAAGCAUCAUCCUUCCGAGACUGGACCUUACGGUGUAGUGCCGGAAGUCAUGGAUACUUACGUUCGCAGUUGCGCUGGCUAUUGCAUAAUUACGUAUGUACUAGGAGUCGGUGAUCGCCACUUGGAUAAUUUGUUGCUCACGGCAUCAGGAAAACUUUUCCACAUCGACUUUGGCUACAUUUUAGGCAGAGACCCAAAACCUUUGCCACCUCCGAUGAAGCUCAGUAAGGAGAUGGUUGAAGCUAUGGGUGGCGUUGGUUCCGAGCAUUAUCAUGAGUUUCGGAAACAGUGUUAUACGGCGUUCCUUCAUUUGCGUAGACACGCGAAUCUGAUAUUAAAUUUGUUCUCGCUAAUGGUGGACGCGAGCGUGCCCGACAUCGCUCUGGAACCAGACAAGGCCGUGAAGAAAGUACAAGACAAAUUGCGAUUGGACCUGAGUGACGAAGAGGCCGUACAUUAUGUGCACAAUCUCUUGGACUUGUCGGUCACCGCGGUGAUGGCCGCGCUGGUGGAGCAGCUCCACAAGUUCGCACAGUAUUGGCGAAAGUAAAAGCGAAAUCGAGGUACAGCGAAAUCACGCAAACUGUGUUCCAUUCUAAAUGCCAGAAUUAUUAUAUUGUGUACAUAUAUAUAUAUAUAUAUAUAAAGAAAACGACCAUAUGGCGUAUCACGAAUGUAAUAUAAUUUAUUGUAUUUUGGGAAUAUUUUAGCUAAUAAAUCUUUGAUAAUAAUUAUGUAACUUUACGUGAUACUCUCUUUCACAGCCAAAUCUGAUACCGAUUGAACACACACACACAUAUAUGUAUGUAUGUAUGUAUGUAUGUAUAUGUAUAAAUAUAUAUAUAUA